AUGAAGUUUGCUCUUCUCUGCACCAUCGUGUUCGGCGCCCUUUCUGUGGCUGCCUCGUCGUCGCGGUACGUCGCCGACGAUCACUUUGUGCAGCAAUCUCAGGCUGCUCGUGAAGCUGACGGCGGUACCAAGAAGAAUGGGUCCACCUGCAAGCACCGUGCUAAGCAUCAGCGUAACCUUGUUUCCCGAAAUGGUCACGUCGAGUCUCUCACCAAGCGAGAGGCGCCGAACAUCGCUAACAUCGGCCCCGAACUUGCAAGCGUUCUGAAGGCGGGUAAAGGAGAAGCCGCGACUGGCGGCAGUACCAUCAUCAACCACUUCCAUGGGUCCUCGGGUGGCGCAGUCCAUAUUCCCGGCGGUGGCUAUGCCCACUAUCCCCCUCCUGCCCACUACCCGCCUCCUUACGUUACUGGAGGCGACCCUGCCAUGGCAAGCAAGCUUGAAGGCAUUAACCAAAAGCUCGACCACCUUCAUCGCGGUCAGCAGACGAAUGCGCAGCAGAUCGAGGUGAUGCAAGGUCUCAAGGCUCAAGAGAUGGAGGCCGCUGCUGCUCGGUCCGUUGUAGGCGCAGCCAAGCCCAAGAGCGGCUACGGCAAGGGCGCUCUGGCGUUGAUGCUUGCAGGUGGUGCUCUUGGUGGUUGGGGCCUGACCAAGAUGCUCGACACUAAGCCGUCUGACUCGACUACGGGCUACAACCAGGGAGACAUGGCUGCCCUCCAGGGCGCUGGAGGCGCUGCCCCCGGCUCUGUUCCCGUCGACGGGGCUCCUGGCGGUGACUCGAACCCAAUCAAGGAAGGUCCUUACAAGAUCCCCGGCACCAACUUGGUUUGGGUGGUUGACAAGCAGAACCAAAUUCAUGUGAUUGACACUGUGCGCCAAAUGGAGGUGCCCCCGCCGGCUGGAUGGAAGCCUGACAGGAGCGGUGGUAGUGCCAUGGAUGGCGCUGCUGCCGAUGGCAGUGGCUCUGCUGAUGCUUCUAGGGCUGGCAACGGCGCUGGCGCUGGUGAUGGCUCUGGUGCCGGUGCGGUUGCAAUUAGUGGCAGCAGUGCUUCUGGCCCUGUUCAGCAGGGUAGUGGUGGUGGUGGCCAAGCCCCUCAAAGCAGCAGCACUUCUACUGCUGCUCAGGCUCCCCCCCAGCAGGCUCCUCAAGGUGCAGGAGCCGCCGCUCCAGCCGACCAGGGCAGUGGUGGUAGCAACAAGCCUGUCUGGGAUCCCAACGUCAAGAUGUACUACGUCAUGGGACCCAAGAAUGUCGCCUACUACAUCGACCCCGAUACUGGCUUGCUGAUCAACUCGGAAACAAACGAUGUCAGCGACCCCAAGACUGGUAAAAUCGUCAUGACCGGAAAACAGCUCAUGGCUGAGAGUGGAGGUGACGGUCAGGGCUCGACUCAGGGUGGAUCCGGGGGAGACACAAACGCUUCGCAGGGAGCUUCUCAGGGUACUUCGGGCGGUGGUGUUGCUCAAGGUCAAGGCCAAGCUCUGGGUGGCUCUGGACGUAUGCAAAAGCGUACGCUUCGACACCGCAAGCACGACAAGCGAUCCUAUGCCACGGCUGCAUUUCAAGCUUCAAGUCCAGCUUUGAGGGAGCAGACAAUGCUUGCAAUGGCACGGGAAGCUCAGGGCGGCACUACGGCGGCAGCGGCUGCCGGCAAGGGAGGCGUCGGUAAGAAAGUCUUGAAGGUUGGUGCUGGCAUCGCCGGUGUUGUUGCGCUCGUACUUGCUCUGGGCGAGUACGCUCACCCCACGCCUGCAGGCACGACACCCAACAAUCCCUACGGCCUCACAGACACCAAUGUCUGCGAUGUAUACGGCCAGCCGAUUGUCCGAGACUUCCGAGGCAUCUUGUGGAACAGAUCGACCUACACUCAUAUCGACCUGAAUAAUCCGCCCCCUCUGUAUCAAUGUCCCGAAUCGCAACAAGCCCUAGGCGGUAGUAUCGGUGCCGGAGUUGGUGCUGGGUAUGCUUCCCAGCCGCAGAAGCGCGCUCUUCACACUAAAGAAUUUCCCGCAGGAAUAACUGAUGCGGUCAAGAGAGACGUCCGUGAAGAAGAAGUAGCGAGCACCGACUCGAACAAAGGAAGAAGCUACUCGAUUCAAAAGCGACAGAUGCAGUAUGUGAAAGCUCUGCUGCCAUCCAUGUCGGCCUCUGGCACGAUGGCUGUCGUCGGCACGGUCGCAAUCACCGCUAUCUGGCUCCACCACAUCCAUCAGCAGAAAAUUAAGGCACUCCAGGAGCAGUACGACAGUCAGUAUCAUUCCGCGGGAGAGGCUGCCGCGUCCGUAGGGAACGCUAUCAGCACUGGCGCAAACGGUCAGCUUUUCAAUCCGAUCUCUGGCAGCCUGAUCCUGGUCGACCCGAACUCACAGACGUACUACGACUCUAGCACGGGUGAGCCGGUCAAUCCAAAGACGGGCAUGCCGUUGAAAUAUAGCGAUGGCAGUGGUGGUGGUAAGAAGAAGAAGGAUCAGCAGAUGCAGCUUCCUCUCGAUCAGAAUGGCAACCUCUCCGGUGACUCGCCGCAAGUCCAGAAGGCGAUGGAACAGUGGAGGGCGAUGACGCCGCUGCAACAGCAGCAGCUCCUUGCUCAGUACGGAGCUGCAGCCGACCAGAUCUUGAACUCGUCUGACCCUAACGCUGCUUUGCAGGCUUGGAGCCAGCAACAUUCUCUCGGUCUGCAGCAGCAGCAGCAUGCGCUCCAACAGCCACAACAGCUCUAUUCUCAGCAGUAUGCUGAUCAACAGCAAUCGAUGCAGCCGGCUGCAGGUGGUGGUUCCAGCCUCGGCAUGUGA